CUAAUCCAUUUAUUAUUAUGUAGCUGGUUACGUAACUGGAAAAAAUUCAUUUUCCUCCUAAACGAAUUUCCCGUAUUCAAGUAGGUAGUGUACAUAUACAUAAGCCGUUGUAUCACGGAGCGGAGCGGAGCUGCUGCCCGGUUUGAUCAUCGCAUAUCCUUAUAUCAUUCCUUCGUCAUGUUGGAGUGGGCAUACAGCGGUGUAAAUGCUUCUGUGCCUCGCAAUGUCGGUCCUGAAUGUGCAGAAUAUUUAACGCCAGCGCGAAGAAUUGUAGAAACAAUAGCAGCUACAAUUUUAGUCGCAGUCACUGUGAUUUGGGGUUUGAAGCGAAUAACUCUGCCCAAACCUUCACCAUAUGUGAAUCAAGACAGAGUUGGCAAACGAGUAUUACUGAUAUUCAUGUCGCUCAUUCUUGGGAUGGAGAUUGGCUUCAAGUUUUCCAGCAGAACUGUGAUUUAUUUAUUGAAUCCUUGUCACGUAACAACAGUGAUGCAGUUGUACUUGUUGGCUGCUGAACCUAGUCAAACUGUUACUGCUAUUUUUCGAAUACAUUUAAAUCUAUUAAACGGACCACUUCUAGCUUAUUUAUUCCCGGAAACCGCAUCUAGACAGAUAUUUGUGGAUAAAGCAAUAUACUAUAUCCAACAUGGUUUGAUGGUUGUAAUUCCAUAUUACUUACUACGGCUUGGAGGAUCAUAUAAUGUUGAGCCGUUGUCUGAUUUGAGUUGGUCAGUUCUGAGCUAUGGAUUAAAUCUAGCUUACCACUUUUGGAUCCUGCAGGCAUUUGCAUUGCCUGCACAAGUGAAUUUGAAUCAUAUGUUGUGCCCAGCCGUUUUGGAUCCGUUUGAAGGUCAAAAUUAUCGAGUUUGGGCAACGAUUCAUCAGUUUCUACUCUGCCCUAUACUUUGUAAAUUAUUUUGUUUUGUAUCUAAUUUUUUACUCACACAGUUUCCUGUUACUAAAGUUAAGAAAUCACUGGAGUUCCCAAUACAACGUUCAGUUCUCAGUGAUGAUUGUCUAUAUAAACCAAAAGGUAGUGACUCUUCUCUCCAAAUUGGCCGCGAAAAUGGUCAUACACACGUAGAUUAAACUUGGCUCAGGUUUUCUGAAUAAGUUUUGACUAGGUGCAUUGCAAUAAUGUUAUGUGGAUCAUAACAUUUAUUUAUAUCGCUCAGCGACAUGUCACAGGUAUACCGUACAAAAGUACCAAGACUAUCUGGACAAUGAUUAAUUUUGCAUAACCCCAAUUUAGUUUGUACAAUGAACUCAUUAUGAAGAACCUUUGAUCUUGAUUAUAACAUAGAUCUGUAACUCAAUUAUAAUUUUACUAUUGAAAACAAAAUAUUCGUAUUAUGAUCUGAUAAUUUUAGAUCUGUUUGCUGGUACAGUAAGUAUUAUUUUUGAAAACAUUCAAUUAAAAUAUCAAGUCAUUGUGCUUCAUCAUUUGGUUUGUUUGGAAUGCCUAUCAUACUACUGAUUUUAUUUUAUCCUUGUAAUUAAUAGAAAUCUCUUGAAACUGACAAGUUGUGUUUGAAGAAAUAAAGAUUGAAUCAGCCACACUAGCUCGUAACACAUUGUGUGAUAUUUUUUACAAAAAUCAAGCAUUCAACCAUUUAUUAUUUAUACAUAUUUUUAAAGCAUGAAGAUGUUGAUUUUUUAAUUGUUGUUCACUUGCGCAAAUCGAAAUAUUACAGCAAUAAUUAAAAAAUACAAAUUAGAUAAGUACGGAUUAUUGAUUCAGUGGGAAAUUUAUCAUAUCCAAUAGAAGUUGUAUUUCCAAUUUGCGAAAUGAAUUUAAAGUACUAUACUAAGCAAAUUCAGUUGAUUUGAAAACUUCUACCCCUUUGAACAAAUUAUUUUUAUUGCUGUACAAUGAAUGUUACAACAAAUAUUUAUUGAAAAUUCACAUUAUAAGUACCGACUGUAUUCUCACGGUCACUGGGCAUUGAGUUUUCAUGUAAUCUAAAGUUAUAAUUAUUGUACAAAGCUGUGAUCAAUCCAAGCCUAUAUUUCUUGGAAUUUCGCUUGAAUAUAACUCUAGCGGAAAGGUAGAACUAAUCAUGAAUUACAAAAUAAGUUUCAUUUUGAUCUAUUGCGUGUAUCGCGGCUUUAGUUCUUGCAAAGUGCAUUAUGUCAAAGCAUGCAAGAUGUACCAAAUGCCGACUUAGAAGCCUAGUUAUCAAAAGCCAAAGAUAAGGUGAUCUUCAAUAAAUCCGAUGUUGAGAUAAGUAUCUUGCCAUAUAUAGGCUUGGAUAACGAAAUAGGAUAAUUCCUUUAGAAUAGGGUAUUCCUACUAGAAAUAUAAAUAAGGAUAAAGAUACUGAGAACUUUAAUUAGUAAGAAUUGAAAUCCUUACUACUACUUCAUAUUCAAAAUAAUGUAUCAAAUGUAAAUUACAUAAACAAGGAUAUAUAAGUUGUUGAUCUUAGGUAAAGUUGAAACGAAAUUAGUAGUUUAUUCACUAGUCACUAUUCUCCUAGUCUGUGAUUAGCCAGCAUUGAAUAUCGCUGGAUGAAUUUUCAAUUUGACAUUUUAUAGACUGGCAUAAUUUCACAAACCCUCUUAGCACUGUAUUUGGGGGUGCAUAGAAAUUAAUGAACAUGGUCAUUAAAAAAGACGAUGAACUCAGCCACAUGUAGAUAUAUUCCUAUACUACUGAAAAUGAAUGUAGGUGAAUACUUUACCCAAUUAGUCAGCAAACUGCUGAUUAUAUUGAUUAAUUCUUAUUUAAAAAAAUAUGUGUAAAGAAUUAACAAUUUCAUUUGUCUGUUGCACCAGAAGUUGAAUAUUUGUAACACAUUUC